GACCCGGCGGUGUGUCUGGUGUCUCAUCCAUGAUCCAUAUCAGCAAAGGUAUCAGCCGGUGUCGAAAUCUCGACAUAAAGUAUUGGAGGGACAAUAAUGUUAUCCUGAAUUUACUAUGAAGGUGCUUUCAUAUGUUAUGAUUGAUUGUGUUGAUAUGUUUUAAACAUAAUUAGUGAUGGCUGGAGUAUUUGAUAUAGAGAUCAAUGAUCAAGAUGACGACGGACGAGCGGAAGAUGCAAUCGACGUAGAUGCCGAUGAAGAGUUUCUGAGUGCCAGCUCAAGCUCUGGCAUUGAGAUGGCUGAGGGGUUUGAGUCGGUUCCCCUAAGCGAAGCAUUGGUGAAUCCCAGUACAGAGCGCAUCGGUCCUGAACAUUUCCAGCUCCUUAAAGUUCUAGGCAAAGGUGGCUAUGGAAAGGUGUUCCAGGUACGCAAGAUAGCUGGUGCUCAUCUUAAUAGGAUCUUUGCCAUGAAGGUUUUGAAGAAGGCGAGCAUUGUACGCAAUCAAAAGGACACAGCUCACACUAAGGCUGAACGGAAUAUACUAGAAGCUGUCAAACAUCCCUUCAUUGUGGAUUUAAUCUACGCCUUUCAAACUGGUGGCAAACUUUACCUUAUUUUAGAAUAUUUAAGUGGGGGUGAACUGUUCAUGCAUCUUGAGAGGGAGGGUAUAUUCCUGGAGGACACAGCUAGUUUCUAUCUUUCUGAAAUAGUACUUGCUCUUGAGCAUCUACAUAAACAAGGGAUCAUCUACAGAGAUCUCAAGCCAGAAAACAUUAUGCUGGAUGCCCAAGGUCAUGUAGUGUUGACAGAUUUUGGUUUAUGUAAAGAAUCUGUGGAGGAGGGCGACAUGACUCACACAUUCUGUGGAACUAUUGAAUACAUGGCACCUGAGAUAUUAACGAGGACAGGUCAUGCAAAAGCUGUUGAUUGGUGGAGUCUUGGGGCAUUAAUGUUUGAUAUGCUUGUGGGAGCUCCACCAUUUACUACGGAUAAUAGGAAAAAAACUAUUGAAAAGAUUUUGAAAGGAAAGUUAGUUCUUCCUCCUUACUUGACACCAGAAGCAAAGGAUCUUAUACGAAAGGUAUGUUUAUAGUUGAUCAAGUCGUUGGUAGAUCGGGAUGGGU